GCGAUGCGUCUCGCUUCCCCGAGCAGCCCGAGCGGCGCAGCGCGAACGAUACAUGAACUUCAUAAUAACAACAAACUUGCUUUAAAUAUCUUGAAAAUUUUACUAGGCCAAUUUCCUCAAAGCUAAGUGAGUUAUGUAGUCCCAGAUGCCGUUGAACUGCGUUCGCGUGAUGUAACCAGUUUGGCCCCAUUUACUAAUGCGAUUGUUUCUCACCGAGUCUAACGUAUCGCCAACUGUCUGGAACGUGAUAGCCGGCACGUGAUCAUCAUGAGUCAGUGUAAACUAUGUAAACAACCAGGUUCUGAAGUGUGAAGGCUUGAAAGGCUUUUGAUAAAACUUCGAAAUAAAAGUUUUUUAUGAAAGACAUGUCAGAUUGUUUUUAAGUGGACGGUUUAAGGGUUGUGUCACACGUCAAUGGUGUGCGAUGGUUCAGCGAUGCUGUGCUUGGAGUCGUUGAUGGCGCGGUGGCGCGAGCGCGGGGAGCGAGCGGACCGGGAGGAGCAGAGGCGGGCUCGCUCGCGCAGCCUCUGCUCCUCGGCAGCGGAAGGUAGCUUGCUGCAGCUUUUGCAUAGGAGGGCUAGCAGUGCUAUUUCAUCGGCGAGCGAGCUCAUCUCUCGCCGAGGAGUAUUCUCCAGAAGGCAGUAUGGAUCAGUGGAACAGUUGUCUAGCAGCGAGGCAGCCGGCGGGCCCGUGGACGCGGUGGCGCGCCGGUACAGGCUCGAGAACGGGAAUUCCCUUGGGGAAAAGGAUGAGUUGUUCGGGCCACCGAGCGCUCCCGUACUUGAAAAUCCCGAAUUCCAAACGAGGUGGUACUUCAAAUAUUUCCUGGGUAAAAUGCACCAGAAUUACAUAGGAGUAGAUGGCAUGAGAGAGCCGUACUUGCUCAGUGUAGUGCAGGAGGGCGGUGCGGGGCUUUUACGAGCUAUCCUUUUCAACAAAAUGGGUGCUCACAAAAUAUACCUGCCUCCAAGCGCGUGGAACACUGGAAGCAACCAAACUCCAAGCCGGCCUACUAUCAAACAAAUCCUGGCGCAGUUCCCUGCCAUGGAGAGGGUAGACAAGGUUCCCAGAGAGAUCACGUGCGCGGAGCUCCAAAAGGACAUUCUGCUUCUGGAGGAGCAGGAAGGAUCGGUGAACUUCAAAAUAGGUGUUAUGUUAAUGAAGCCCGCGCAGAAGACAGACGACGAAAUGCUCUCCAAUGAAAAGGGCGACGAAAAAUGGGAGCGUUUUAUAUCGCUUUUGGGGGACAAAAUUCGAUUACGCGGCUGGAACAGAUUCCGCGGCGGGCUCGACGUCAAAGGUGACAUGACUGGCAGCCAUUCCAUCUACACAAUGCACCAGGGUCACGAGAUAAUGUUCCACGUCUCCACUAUGUUGCCCUUCUCCAAGGACAAUAAGCAGCAGUUGGAAAGAAAACGACACAUCGGCAACGAUAUAGUCAACAUCGUGUUCACAGAUGACUCCGUUCACAACACUUUUAAUCCUCAAUGUGUGAAGAGCCAUUUCACUCAUAUUUUCGCAGUGGUGUCAGAAGCGGAGGGAGAGGGUUACAGGCUGAGUGUGUACAGCGACGACACAGUGCCGCCUUUCGGACCCUCAUUACCGUGCCCUCCGGUGUUCAACGACCCGCAGCUCUUCCGGGAAUUCUUAUUGGUAAAACUGAUGAACGGUGAAAAAGCAGCGUUCCAGACGCCCACGUUCGCGUUGAAGAGACAACGCACACUUGACACUCUCAUUCGGGAUAUCUACGCUGAACACUGCUCCGAUCACAAGGUGCCGAUGCUGUCGCGGCGAGCUUUAUCGGACGUGUGGUCGGGAGGUGCGGGGGCCGGGGGCGCAGGCGCAGCGAGGACCGAACGCUUCCUGCAUGUGGGUCAGGCUCUCAAGCUGGAUGCCGUUCUACGUGGCGACGCUCCCACCAGUUUAGUCUCGACUGGAUCAGGAGGUUCCCGGCGCGCGCCCUGGGAAGGUAAAGUGUGGCGAGCGGCGCCGCUGCCGGCCACCCCGGUCUGUGCCGAGCAGAUGUCGGAGGGGCGGCUUCUAUUAUCCACAACCUCCAACACAUACAUUUUAGAAGAAAGCGGAACCACCCGCGUAGUGUUACGCUGGGAAGGCUGCGUGCGCGCGGCCCGAGUGAGCGAGCGGGCGGGGAUCUUCCGCGUGGGCGCGCGGGUGUGCGCGGGGGGCGGGUCCACGACGGGCGGCGCGGGCGGCGCGGGGCUGUACGCGGUGGCGGUGCCCGAGCUGUGCGCCGGCGCCUGGGCCAUGCGCCCGCUGCAGGACUGCAAGCACGCGAGGUUGCCGCGCACGAAGACGGCGCACUAUUUUGACUUAUUAGAGUCGGGAGAAAAUGGAAAAGCGUUACUUGCUGUCGCAAUUGGUAGAAGAGUGAUGCUUAUGGCUGAGGAAACAAAGACUGAUAGUGAAAUGGGUUUUGAAUACACACAUAUCAAGGAUAUACAACUAAGUGAAUCGCCAAUUUUAAUAAAACUAAUGGACGGAGAAGUAGCUACUAUGGUAGUUGGUUACAAGCACCACUGGGAAUUGUUGGAAACAGGAACUGGCCAACCUAUAAAACGAGCAGAAACGUCGGAAGACAGCACACCGCGGCGGGGAACUCUGGUAAAUGCACUGAGGAUUGGAGACGAGAGAGAUGGCCAAAUAGUUUUAUGUUACAACCAUACAUGCCACUUUGAAAGACUAACUACGAAGGGAUUAGAAAGUGAUAGCGAGUAUGACUUCCACUGGACAACAGUGCCCGCUGCAGUUGUUUGCGCAUUUCCGUACAUAAUGGCGUUCGCGGAGGACCUGCUGGAGAUCCGGCUGGUGGCCAACGGGUCGCUGGUGCACGCCGCCUGCAUCCCCGGCCUCAAGCUCAUGUGCGGCCGACGAGAUAUAUUCUACGUAGCAUGCGCCCCGGAAUAUGUUCCUCUGAGUAGAGAGAUCGAUCCCUGCCUCGGCAUGCACGACUACGAGCUGGUCCGGCAGAUGAGCAAGCAAGGCGGCCCUUACUCGCUCGACGAGGAUGAAAACAAUGACAAGGGCGAGGCGAACCAAAACAGUCGCACUUCAGAGAACAACUCCGCAUCCAGUAGGAGCAGCUCAGUGUCCUCAGAACAGGAGAACAUUCGGCCUCCGCUCACUCGCAUGGCGCCCAUCUCCCCUCCGAGCUCGCCGCAAGUACUGCCAGAAAACAGCGGUCGCUGCGUGCGCAUCUACAAGAUCCCGCAGAGCAACCUGAGCGCCGGCGCAUACCAGCGGCAGUCGGUCUCCGCAGACCAAGUUCUCACUUCUUACUUUUCACAUAGGCCAAACAGCAUAAGACAACGUUUAGCGGAACUGAGACUCGACAGCAAGUCGCGGGGUGGAGGCGACGAAGAAACCUUAUAAAGUGAGAAUGUUUCAGGGAUGUUGGUGCACAAUUUAAAUUAAAUCAAGUUAUAAGUAUUCAGUGUUGUUAAAUUUUAUUCGGUUGGUUCAGUGAGCUUAAUUGAGCAGGCAACUACAUUACUGAUUUUUUUGCUUCAAAAAUAUAAAUGAAAUAUAUAUUGUGGCAAACGUGUGUAGGUAUUUGAAAAAUAUACCGAAAUAUACCUGUUUUGUCGCGGCAGCAGGCGCGUACUAGGUAACUGACAUAAUUUCAAGAACCUUUGUUAUAUAAAAAUAUAUCAUAAAAAUGUUUAAGAUAAUUCCAAACUUUACGAUGUUACAUUGUAAACAUGUUUGUAGAUGUUUUGAUAGAUCGUAGAGAAUGAGAUUACAAUUGUUGAAAAUGUGAUAAUAUGUGGGUGAUGUGUAGCGGAGAAAAUAUAUAACUAUACUUACUAAGAUCUGUUUUAGUUGUUGAAAUUAAAUUUUAUUGUAGCUAUAUAGAUAAUAUUUUACUUACUAACGGAUGCAAUGAUCCCUUUAGGCGAAGGAUGCCAAUAUGCUGUUAAGAACAUUACUUUUAACAUAUAUCAACGCACUCGCACUUACUUACACAGAUUUUUAACAGGCAGAGACAUCUGAUAAGAAUGAGUUUUAAAAAAGAAACUUACUUGGGAUCAAAGCCAGAAAAAAAAGGUAAUGCACAAAUUUCGAUGCUCAAGUCACUACAUUUUGUUAAAAAAAAGAAAAUAUUUUAAAAGCAGUUUUGUAAAGCUGCAUAAAAUUGUCACUAAAAUAAGUUAUAUUAACAAGAGUAAAUUAAGAACAGUAAGUAACUGAUGUCUAUAAAAUAAUCUAUUUUAAAUUUAUACUUCAGAUAUAUCUGAAUCUCGUAGUGGUGUUUUAGUCAAGGGCGCCAUGUAAGACAUAAAAGUGAUGUUCUAUAGUUCUCUAAAACAUUAUAGUUACAUAUCUACUGUGUCUAUAAUGUAUUAUGCCAAAUCAUUCCAAUAAUACUUAAAUCAAAACAGAUUCGGUUAAAUAUUUAUUAAAUCUUUUAUAGAUUUAAACUUGAAACAAUCCACGUACGUACGUAAGUAUGUACUUACCAAAGAUAAUAUUAGCAUGGUCAUUUUUAGUCGGACCUUGUUUAAGAAAAGGAAAUCAUCAAAAUACAGUUGUGUACCUACAUAUGUAAUUUUCCCCGUUUUCUUAUUAGGAUGAUUGAUAUUAUUUGGUGUGUGUUUCUACCUUAAUUCUAUGUUGUCAGAGCACUAAAAUCAGAAUGAUUUUGCAUAAUAUUAAAAUUAUCUAACUGUUAAGUGUGUCAAUGAGUCGUCGUUUACCUAUCUUUGAAUGUCUAAUCGACAGCAAAAAAGAAGUGCCAUCCAAGUUUGGUUAUCUUUCUAGAGUUUAAUAUUAAACUGUAAUAUUUUGCGAUGCAAGAGAAUUGAAACUUAUGAAGAUGUUAAUAUUUAUCUUCAUUGUAAAUAGUUAGCAUUCUUAGUGUUGAACAAUUAUGAUAUUACCUAUCUACUUAGGUACAUACAUGUUAACUGAUGUUAAGUGUCUGAAGAUAACUAUGCUAUAUAUAAACACUAUAUUAUAAGGCAAAAAAAGGUUUUAAAAAUUACAAAAGGUUAAUAUAAAGUCAUCAAGUUAUUUCCAUCACUUAGUACUAAGUACCUACCUAACCUAUAUGUUACCAUAAAUUACACAAGUGUUAUAAAAAGUAGUCUUAAGGCUUAAACUAAAGUAUGAAAAUUGAAUCGAGGCGAAAUAUUUUGUGUGCGGGAGAGGUUACAAGCAAGGGUACCUAUAGACAAUUACAUUAUACCCCACGUCAUUUUAAUUAUUGAGGAUCUGAGUCAGUUCUUUUUAUCCAGUGUGGCUACCAUUAAUCCUAUUUCUUAAUAGUCGCUCGCUAACGACAGUCGUCAAUUAUGGAAAUCAACUAGGGCUCUUUGAAGAAUUCCAUACAAAUUUAUUCACUUCCGUCCCUUUCGACUAAAGCAAAUAAUAUCGUGAGUAGGUAGUGUAGUGGUAGCCACACAGAUCCGGGCUCUGGCAAUAGUAAGGAUAUUUAUGUGUAAGUACAAACUAUGAAGGAAAGUUUCCUAGUGUACUGUACUGUUACCAAAGAUGAAUAGAACCAAACUGUUAAGUAAGUUUUGAAUAAAAAAAAGAACUGUCGAGCGGCAAAGAGUCGAUAGAUGUUAAUACGCGGGUAAAAAGGAGAGGAAGUCAAGAUUUAAAAAACUACUUAAAAUUGAUCAGGGUCAAUGAACGAGUCAAGCUACAUGUGUUUGUAUUUUAAUUUUUAUUUAUAUAAAGCGUAUUUUAUAUGAACACAUUGAAAUGGGAAUUGGCAAUUGAAAUGGGAGAGCGCGUUUUUGAGGUAACAAAACGUCGUUUCUAGAAAUUCAAAAAUAUGAUAAUUAUGAGAUAAUAUAAUAAGUUAGUGAAGUAUGAUAUGAAAUUAUAAUUACGUGUAUUAAAUAAAAAAAUAUAGAUUUUAAGAAACAAGAGAUUUUAUAAAAAUAAUUUUAAGUAAAUGAGAUAUAAAAAAUAGGCACAUGUAUUAAUUUCAAAUAAAAUUGUUAUUAUAUGUCCGGAAGUAUUAUAUAAAUUAUUAUUUAUUUUUUUAAACCAAAGUUUCAGUACAAGUAUAUUGUGAGAACCAUUUGAAAUACCUCUGUUAAAAUAAAAUUUAGAGUCUAUGAAGUAUGUAUUAAUAUAUUAGGAUUGCAAUCACAAAUGUUGCAGAAUUAUUGAUAGGGCCUACCAAAUUGCACUUAAUUGUCCUCAUUUAAAUAAAGAUGUGAUAAAGAAAAUGAACACUGAAAUAAAUUAAUCACAAUUAAAGAUAAAUGUUAUAAUAGUAUUAUAUUAUUAAUGUAUAUGUAUUAAUAUAAUAAAUACAGAAAAAUAUGAAUAUUAUAAUCAAAUCAACUGUUACAAAAACAGAAUAUACUUACGUAAAAGAAGUAAGGGAUUUACUCUGUUAUUUUCUCUGAGAU